CGAUUAGUCGAAAGUCCCCUAGUUUCUAAAUAUAUUAAAUCAAAUAAAAUAUUAAAUAAAAUAAUAUAUCAUUGCAUAUUGCCAUACUCAACUGAUUCCACUUAAGAAAGUCAUCAUAAAGACAUCUUUAGAUUGUUUGUACGUACUGAGGACACCAUCACACGCAAUGAAUCCUUGCACAGUUGCUACGCAAAGGAUAGAUGCGGAUGGCGAUGAUCGAUGGCUAAGUGUUCAUAAACGUUUUAUUUCCGAUGGUCAUGAAAAAGAUCCUGACGUCAUCUUCAUUGGCGACUGUAUAUUGGAGACACUUCAGGACACAGAAACAUGGUAUCGUUACUUUGCUCCUAUGCAUUGUCUAAACUUUAGCAUACGUGGUGACCGUUGUGAAAAUGUCUUGUGGCGAAUUGAAAAUGGUGAAUUGGACAAUGUUAAACCAAAAAUUGUAGUCCUCCACGUGGGCACAAACAAUGUGGAGAACAAAGCGGAGGAUAUUGCUGAAGGCAUCUAUGAAAUUAUACAAAGCAUACGCUCUAGGCUUCCAGAAACAUAUAUAGUCAUACCUUCUUUACUACCUCGUGGUCAUCAAGCGAAUAAAUUACGUGAUAAAAAUGCUCAGGUCAACCAGCUGGUUAAGGAAAAAGUCAUUGGACUUAAUCGUGUACAAACUGUUGAUAUAACAAAAGGUCUGGUGCAGACCGACAAUUCCAUUAGUCACCAUGAUAUGUUCGAUUACAAGAAUCUAACCAAUACGGGAGCUAAAAAAGUCUUUGAGCCAGUACAUGAUCUCCUCUCCCAGAUAUUGAAUGAGAAUGAAGUAGAACAUGAUCUCACACCCUCGGAAUAGUGUACUGGCAUAUUGCAAACGGCAGCAACCUACAAGAACUACACCAUCAUCAGCAACAAAGAAAAAAACCAACAAAACACUAUAUCACACUACACGUACACAUACACAUACACAUACUACAUACGUUUAUAUCCAUAUAUAUAGUAUAUAUUUAUAUUAAUAUAGGACUAUAUUCAAAAACAUUUUGAAAUAAGUUUUUUUGGACUAAUUUGGUUAUGUUUAAAUUGGUUGAAAAACUUUUUUUAGAAUUUUUUUGUAUGAAUAUGGCCCAUAUAUUGUUUUACUCAUUGCGUACACAGACACAGCAGCAUUUUGCUCAUUUCCUUUGCUCAUUUAAUAUUCUAAGCCUUUUGAAUUUCCUUCUAAGCAAAAUGCAUUAGAAUGCUAUCAAGCAAGUCCACAACAUUCUAAUUCUUAAAAGUUUCCUUAUGCUAUUUACUACUAUAUAUUUUUGUUUUAUUUUUUGCUUUGCAAAUCAUUAGUUUAGUUAAUUUAAAUAAGAACCCCGAUAAAUUCCAUACCUUUGAAAAAGAGAAGAAAAAUAUAUCAACAAAACUCUUCUUAGCAUUUUUCUUUUAUAAAAAAAGGCUUUAAACAUCUCAUCAAUUUAUUUUGUUUUAAAGCAAAAGUCUUUUUUUGCCUUUAUUUAUGGUAGCUUAAGUUAAAAAAAUACAAAAAACAAACCGAGAACAUAAUAUUUCGAAUUUAUUUAAAAAGAAAUAUCAAAUUUUCUACAUGUAUUCCACCAACACCCAUACACACACACACACACUCCAACCAAAGCUAUUUACAUUUUCUAGAACGUUUUAUUUUUUGAAAAAAUUUAUAAAUAUACAACAACAAAAAGCAAGAAAAAAAAACUCAACACUAACAUUAUGUCAAAAUUUCCACUCUUCGCCUCUUAUCCACUAUUACUCUAUUCUCUGAUAGAAGAGCAAUUAUAUAAAGUAAAUACAAGAAUAUAAAUAUAGUUUUUUUUAUUGCAAGAGA